GAGAGAGAGAGAGAGAGAGAGAGAGAUACAUUGCAUGGGAGCGCUUUGAUUUCAGUUCAAGCUCUGCGCUGCACCUCAGACCACUGCAACACCAUGAUCGCGCUAAGCAUAAGGGACAGCAGCCGGGCCCGGAGACGGACUUGGAAAGGGACUAUGGCAAUACUGGCGUGUAAGUGCCCCCGGACUAGGCUGCCAAUGGGAGCUAGUGCUUUGGGCGUCUUUGUUCUCUGCUGGCUCUACGUCUUCCCAGUGUACCGGCUGCCCAACGAGAAGGAGAUUGUGAACGGGGUGCUGCAGCAAGGCAAAGCAUGGAGGAGAAACCAGACUGCAGCUAGAGACUUCAGGAAAGAAAUGGAACAAUGCUGUGACCCUGCCAAUCUCUUUGCUAUGACUAAACAAAAUUCCCCUAUGGGGAAAAGCAUGUGGUAUGAUGGAGAAUUAUUGUACUCUUUCACCAUUGACAAUUCAACUUACUCCCUCCUCCCCCAGGCUACUCCAUUCCAACUACCAUUGAAGAAGUGCUCAGUGGUGGGAAAUGGUGGGAUUCUGAAGAAGAGUGUCUGUGGCCGACAAAUAGAUGAAGCAAAUUUUGUCAUGCGAUGCAAUCUUCCUCCUCUAUCCAGUGAAUACAAUAAAGAUGUUGGAUUCAAAACCCAUUUGGUGACAGCUAAUCCCAGCAUAAUUCGGAAAAGAUUCCAGAACUUGCUUUGGUCCCGAAAGACAUUUGUUGAUGACAUGAAAGUAUAUAACCACAGCUACAUUUACAUGCCUGCUUUUUCUAUGAAAACAGGGACAGAACCAUCUCUCCGGGUUUAUUAUACAUUGGCAGAUGUGGGUGCCAAUCAAACAGUGCUUUUUGCCAAUCCCAACUUUCUUCGUAGCAUCGGCAAAUUCUGGAAAAGCAGAGGAAUUCAUGCUAAGCGCUUAUCUACAGGUCUCUUUCUUGUCAGUGCUGCCUUGGGCUUAUGUGAAGAAGUUACCAUCUAUGGCUUCUGGCCUUUCUCAGUGGAUCUGCGUGAGCAGUCUAUUAGUCAUCAUUACUAUGACAAUGAACUCCCUUAUUCAGGCUUCCAUGCCAUGCCAGAGGAAUUCCUUCAGCUUUGGUAUCUUCAUAAAAUUGGAGUGCUAAAAAUGCAGCUAGAACCAUGUGAAGACCUCUCUAGCCCACCCACUUCCUAAGGACUGAGACGCAGGAAGUGAAUGGGCCAAUGCAAUGUUUUUAGUACUUAUGUGUGUGACUAUGCAGAAGAGAAAACAUUCAGACUUAUUUAUGAAUUUGCAUAGAUCACAUAAGGAAAGAGAAACAAAAUGCUGUGGUUUAAACAUUGACUUGGAGGCUUACCAGGAAAUCAUUCCUUCUGCAAAAUAUUUUGUGGUUUGCUGUGGAUUUUUGGCCAAUAAAACUCUGGAAGAAA